AUGGUGAAGCCGCGAGAGAAGCCCGUGCGCGUGGUGGUCGUCUUCCCGCUGGACUGCGAGAUCGACCUGCUCGAGGUUCGGCUCAUGGAGACCUACGAUGUGGUGGACUACUUUGUCAUCGGGGAGUCAAACUACUCCCAGGUGGGUGGCGCCAAGCGCCUCCACUUUUGGGAGUCGCGCCACCGGUUCGAGCGGUUCUGGCCCAAGAUCCGCCACAUGGCCUUCUGGGAGGGUUUUAAGGAUGCGACCCAAAUCAAGAAGCACGACUGGACCAACGAAGAUCAGGAGCGGGGCUUGCUGGGCCAGGGUCUGCGCGGACUCGACGACGAUGACAUCAUCCUCCUCACCGACGCGGACGAGAUCGCCAACGCCGACGCCCUCAAUUUCUAUCGACACUUCACCGGGUAUCCACCGGGCGGUCGCAUCUUCGUGCGAUGGUCGCAGAUGGGCUUCUUCUGGAAGGUACCCGCCGUGUGGACUCCGCAAGCCUGCAUGACCACCUACGCCAUAGCCAAGCAGAUUGGAACGAGCGGCAUCCGUAAGGCCAGAUUCAAACUUGAGCAUGGCCGCGACUGGUGGACCUUGGGCAGUGCCUCGGUCGUUGCUGGAUGGCACUGCAGCUGGUGCUUCCCGCCCCAGGACUAUAUGAACAAGUUCCGCAACGUGAUCGAGGCCUGGUGGUUCCACGCCGAUGAGCUGAAGGACUUCACCCCGGAGGUCUUUGCCAACGCACGCUACAAGGGCACCAAGCCCAUUGCCGCCGACGUCGUGGUGCAAGACCACGAGGGCAUUCCCAAGGCGGCCUUGGAGAACUUCAAGUAUCUCUCCGACAGGGACGUGUUCCCCAAGUGUGGCUGGUGUUUGAUGCCGAAGGACCCAACAUCCCACCCCGUGGGCUCCAUCAAGCCGGAGGACCCGCUCCCGGAGGACAUGGUGAAGCAGAGCCAACAGUGCUCGAACGACGUGACCCUCGCCUUCACCCCCUACCGCUAA